AAGUUUCCACCUUUAGAAUGGGUUUGAGAGGAAUUGAAGAUUUUUUUUUUCACUGUUCUAAUUGGUUUAUAAAUUUUCUUUUACGAUUGUUGUAUGCGGUCAUCCUAAUUAGCAGGCCCAGCCUGGGCCGCCCAGGUAGCGGUUUCCCAGUUCUUGAUAACCACGCGGGCUGUGCCGAUCGAUUCCCGCCCGUUUCAGUGUUCCAGUUUAUUGUAAAUCUGACCCACCCAAACACCAGUUUAAGGGUUUCCUCUCCAACAUCUUUCAGUGUUCCACAAUAAUCAUUAGGCACCCAGCAUUGUUGAACGCACGCCAGCUGUUCGACGAAACGUCUAGCUGAACAUUGCUUCACCGGUUUUUGCUUUCUGGUUCAAAUUUUGUAGUCCCCAACUAUGAUGAGGCUCUACAAUGGCUUCCUUGACAUUCUCAAGAUUCAGAAGUUUCGGAGAAUCGUGUCAUAUACUGGGUUCUACUGCUUCACAGCGGUCUUGAGCUACGCUUACACAAGCAACACAACUAGAGCUGGGUUUUCCAGAGGUGACCAAUUCUAUGCGUCUUACCCGGCUGGAACUGAGCUCUUGACGGACCAAGCUAAGUUGUAUAAAGCUGCCCUUGGUAAUUGUUUUGAAACCGAAGAAUGGGGUCCUAUCGAGUACUGCAUCAUGGCUAAACACUUUGAGCGCCAAGGGAAAGGGCCUUAUGCUUACCAUGCCCAAUACAUGGCACAUCUUCUGUCUCUUGGACAACUUGAUGGAAGUGGCUAGAAGGGUUUUCCAUUCUCCAGAAGAUGAGUAGGAGAUCUCAUACCAGUAUCUCUAUGAACUAGCAGAUGAAUAACUGAUGUACAAACUUCCUACGAUUCAUUUUGUAUACAUUUUCCAUUGUGCUCAGUAUACCUAUUUUUGAAUGAGUGAAUUGCUAAACAAUGGGUUUUGCUGCCCUCAUAAUCUAUAGCCAUUAGCUAGUUUCCUA